CGGGGGCGGGCCCCACGCACCCUCCUCCAAUCCUGGCCGUCGCCCGACAACUUUCGGCCUCCUCUGGCAAGAUGGAGGCUGGGCUCGGCCGCUUUUGGGAAUCGGCAUUGUGAGGCAGAGGCAGGCCUGGCAGGAGAGGCCAAGAGGCUGCCUUCGUGGGCACUGCAGUAGCUACCGUGGAUGGGCAGUGGGGAGAGAGCUUGUCCAGGUGCAUGGCUUAGGGAGGCGGAAUGAAGACAAUCCCCCACCUGCAGGUAUCAGGGAAGGCGCCCCUUGGUGGGAUUGGCCUCCGUCACAGUGCCAGGCGGGACCGGAAGUCCAUCACCCUGCAUAUGAAGUUGGAGGUGCUUCGGAGGUUUGAGGAGGGUGAGAAGCUGACACAGAUUGCCCGGGCCCUGGGGCUGGCCACCUCCACUGUCGCCUCUAUCCGCGUCAACAAGGACAAGAUCCGUGCCAAUUCUCAGGCAGCCACACCUGUCAGUGCCACACAGCUCACCCGCUGCCGGGGUGUGGUGAUGGGCCACAUGGAACGCUUGCUGAGCCUGUGGAUUGAGGAGCAGAAGCGGCAGAACCUGCCCGUCAGCACACUGCUUAUCCAGGACAAAGCACGUCGGCUCUUUGCGCAGCUGCAGCACGAGCAGGGUGAUGGCACCCAGGUCGAGACUUUCGGGGCCAGCAAUGGCUGGUUUGCCCGUUUCAAGAUGCGCCACAAUGUGCUGUUGACAGAUGAGCCAGCUGUGGCUGAUGCCCAGGCUGCAGCCCAGUAUCCCCCAGUGCUGCGCACCAUUCUGGAGGAAGGCCAGUACUCACCAAGCCAAGUCUUCAACGUGGAUGAGACGGGCCUGUUCUGGAAGCGGCUGCCUGAGCGCAUGCUGCUGGCACUGGAGGGGGCAGCUGGGCCUGGGCCCAAGGCCUCUAAGGACCAUCUGACCCUGCUGCUCGGUGGUAAUGCAGCUGGUGACUUCAAGCUGAAGCCCCUGCUAGUGUACCCCUCAGAGAACCCACGCGCCCUCAGGGGCUGCUCCAAGUCCAGCUUGCCUGUGGUCUGGCGCUCCAACCGCAAUGAUUGGCUGACGCCCAGCAUCUUCCAAGAGUGGUUCACUGGCUGUUUCUGCCCUGCUGUGGAGAGCUACUGUGCCAGCCACGGCCUCCCGCACCGUGCCCUGCUGCUCCUGGAUGGUGCGCCCUGCCACCCUGCCCACCUGGGUAGCCUCUCGGCCCAUGUGCGUGUCGAGUUCCUGCCCAAGAACACAUCAGCCCUGAUCCAGCCCAUGAACCAGGGCAUCAUCGCUGCCUUCAAGGCCCAUUACCUGCACCGCAUGCUCAGCCAGCUGGUCCAGGAAACGGCUGGUGAGGACCGGCCCUCUGUGCGGGAGUUCUGGCGCAGCUAUACUGUCAUAACCGCUGUAGACAAUAUUGCCGAGGCCUGGGCAGAGCUGCAGCCUGCCACCAUGAAUAGUGCCUGGAGGAAGCUGUGGCCUGAGUGCGUGCCCACUGGUGCCCCUGAACCUAAUGCUGUGCCCCAGCUCCACCGCAGCAUUAUGGCACUAGCAAGCCAUGUGGGCCUUGGGGACAUGGCUGAGGCUGAUGUCACCUGCCUGCUCCAGGCCCAUGGGGAGCCCCUGCCCCGGGGCAUCCCUCAAGAUGCAGAGGAUGGGGACGCCAGUGCCUCUGAGCUGCCCUGGGAGGUAGGGAAAGGCCUGGCCUCCAGAAGACCAGAGCCAGAUCUUACAGGGCCUGUGGUUGGUGCAGGGACUAAGGAGGAAGCUGGUGUGGGUGCACCGAGCCCCGAGCACCUGGCCCAGGCCCUGUCCCACUUUGCUGCUGGCCUGCGGGUCCUCACAGAGAAUGAUCCCAACCGGGAGCGCAGCCUGCGUGUGUCCCGGGGUGUCCACUGUGCCCUUGCCCGCCUCCGGGAGCUGCACCGGGAAAGGAGGCGACAAGAUCAGGCAGCUACAUCCUCAGGAGGCCCCGUCGUGUUGGCAACGAGGGAGUUGGCUGGAAGCCUGCACUCACCCCAGGAUUGCCAGCUGGGGAUUUGUUUUUCAGGAUCGUUUUCUGAACAUUUAUAACGGCAGCUCCUGUGUACACACAGGCAUAUACGCCCGCAGAGGUAAGUUCUAAAAUUUUAACACUAGUGGCAUCGUGUCGAGUGAGGAGGUCUACUUUCUUGUGUGGCAUCAUAGAGUGGACAUCUCUUCCUGUCCGUUGUUGAUCUUGGCUAGUUGAGCCUCUCAAGCUCUGUAGUAGUCUGCCGUGGAGGAAGGAAGGCCUCUCAGGGCGGGAGCCAGCUGUUGCUCUCCCUCCACCUGGCCCACUCUGGCUGCACUGCAGCUGUCAUCAGCUUCCACCUUCCCCUUCCUGUCUGUUCUCUACAUCACUCUUCCAAGUGCCCCUCAGACUGCAUCCUUUGCUUGCUCAGACUCUCCAUGGGCACAGACCUUCUGCUAGUUCCUGCCAGCACCUCUGCUUGGCUGCUGUGGGGGUUCUUUCAGUUCACUGAGAUACUGGGUUUGUUUGCAUCCCUGUCCCUAGGAGCAGCCAUUUUACCUUGGCCCAGUCUGGCCUGAGCUCCCGAGAGCUUCCCUGUAGGGCUUGGCUCACUAUCCUCUUAAGUGGAUUUCCACUGCCAGCUGUCCUCCUGAGGGCACAGAUGGGGAGGUUGAGGCUGGAGGUGUCCCCUGCCAGGUUGCCAGCUGGCCAGGUCUGGGGACGGUUUCCCCAAAGCAAGUGGCCUUGGAGGGUGUGGGUAAAUGAAGGGGUGUGGGUGGUCCGUGGCCCUGACUGGGUGCGUGUGUGUCCCAGGAAAACAGUGAGUGUGGCCUGAGUGAGGGCAAGGGAGGCCAGCUUCCUGAGGUCUUGCCGUGGCAGGUGACCCAGCAUCUCUUGAUCAGGAAGAGCUCGUGAUCAUCAAGAUGGAGGAUGAGGCCACCCCAUGGUAUCCUGAACCCCUUUCCAACCCUCAGCUCCCAACCCUGCCGCCUGGGCUUGGUAGGGACCCCUAGCAGCGCUUCUGUAGCUUUUGCUAUGAGAAGGCAACAGGGCCCUGCAAGGCCCUGGCCCAGCUACGAAAGCUGUGCUGCCAGUGGUUGAGGCCCGAUGUGUGCUUGAAGGAGCAGGUGCUGGAGUUGCUAGUGCUGGAACAGUUCCUGGGUGUGCUGCCACCUGACGCCUGGGUCUGGGUGGAGUCCCAGUGUCCUGAGAGUGGUGAGGAGGCUGUGGUGCUGCUGGAGGACCUCGCUUAGAUGUUAUGGGAGUCUAGCGAGCCACAGGCACCUAGGGGCUGGUCAGGAGGCCUGGGGGUCAGGGAAUGUGCAAGGGGACACAACCCAGGAACUUGAGGCCUGAAUGCCUGCCCGUACUGCCCAGGCCCUCAGUGUUCUCAUCACUGGGAAGGUGACUGAGAAGCUGCCACAUGCUUGGAGCCUUUUCUGGCCUCUGAGCCUUGCAGAGGUGUGAGCUUGAGGUUGGUAUGACAUGUCACCCUCUUGGGGUAUACUGGGCUUCCUUUCUCUUCCUUUUCUCCUUCCUCAAAAGGUCACUGAGUGCAUGCUAGGUGCCAGGCCCUGUGGGUUCAGCAGGGAAGGAGACAGGCAAAGUUCCUGCCCUAUUGAAGCCUAGUCUGGUUGGAGAGUUGGACAUUGAGACCACCAGUCACAAUUAGGGUAUUCUUCUUUGGAGGGGGUGGGGGCAAGAGGAGGUGAGCAAAGAGGUAAACUUGGCCAGGGAUGGCUUUGCAGUUCCUGCCGUGUGAUGUCUUCACCUUGGGCCACAUAUGCAUCUAUACACCUGUGAGGAGAUGACAGCCAUGAAACAGGUAGGAGAGAUGGUCAGUUACAAUGUCACUUGUCCUGGCAUUUGUUGACUCACAUAUUCACACAAAUCUAUGCAGAGCCUUUGCCUGUUGGCCCUCUGCAUCAAGAGAUAGAAACCAUAGCACUUAAAAAAAAAAAAAAAAGCACUUUUACUAAGCUGUAAUUCACAUACCAAGAAAGCAUACAAUUCUUGGGUUUUAGUGUGUUCACAAAGUGUACAACCACCAGCACUGUCUAAUACCGUAAUUUAAUUACCUCCAAAGAAACUCCGUGCCCAUUAGUGGUCACUCCCCAUUCUUCCCUCUCCUAAUGCCGUGGCAGCCAGUAAUCUCCUUUGUGUCUCUCUAGAUUUGCUUAUUCUGGACAUUCCAUUAAAUGGAAUCAUACAGUAUGUGGCUUUUUAUGACUGGCUUCUUUCAUUGAGGAUAAUGUUUUCGGUGUUCAUCUAUGUUGUAGCAUGUCAGCACCUCACUCAUUUUUAUGGCUAAAUAACAUUCUGAUGUAUGGAUAUAUCCCAUUCUGUUUAUUCAUUUAUCCAUUAUUUGAUAUUUAUGUUGUUUGCUCCUCUUGGCUGUUGUGAACAUGCAUCUAUGUGUUUUUGCGUGGACAAAUGUCUUCAUUUCUCUUGAUUAUAUACCCAGGAGUGAAAGUGCUGGGUCCUUUUGAGGAACUUCUUUUAAAGACUUUAUUUUUUUCCCCUUUUUCUCCCCAAAGCCCCCUGUGUACAUAGUUGUGUAUUUUUAGUUGUGGGUCCUUCUAGUUGUGGCAUGUAAGACGCCGCCUCAGCAUGCCUUGAUGAGCGGUGCCAUGUCCGCACUCAGGGUUCAAACUGGCGAAACCCUGGGCUGCUGAAGCGCAGCCUGCGAACUUAACCACUUGGCCACAGGGCCGGCCCCUUUUUGAGGAACUUCUAACAUACCACUUGUUUUAACAGAGGGAAUUUGAUGUAAAGAAUUUAACGUAGGUAUUGAAGGAGUAAAAAAGGACAAAAAGAACCCUCAGGUGUCAUGGUGGUAGGCACUGCAGGGGACACUGCACUUCUAGAGCUGUGGGAACAAAGGGAAAAGGUUGGAGUUAUGACAGAUACUCAAAGGAGGGGCUGGGACCCAGACCUCUGAGGAGGGGCUGCUGCUGGAUGGUGCUGGGGUCUCGAGGAGGACAUGAUGAAGCUGGUUCUACACUUGCUGGAAAAGCUGAAAACUGGAUUCAGCUACUGCUGAGGAAAACCUUGAACACACACGACUGGUUUUCACCGAGGCCUGAACCUGAGGUGCAGUGUUGGCCCCUCCUGAGGACCAGUGUUCUGGUGACCUAGCAGAGCCAGCCGAGCCCUUCACAGAUGGAGCUGAGUUGCAGGUCCUUCUAGUUGUGGGAUGUGGGACGCUGCCUCAACGUGGCCUGACGAGUGGUGCCAUGUCUGCACCCAGGAUCCGAACCCUGGGCCGCCGCAGCGGAGCACGCGAACUCAACCACUCGGCCACGGAGCUGGCCCCCCAGUUGACAAUUUAAAAUGGCAUCAGAUAGCCCCAGAGGACACAGACUUGUGGGCAGGACUGACCAUACCAGCCUGCAGCGAGGCCUGGGCUUCCUCUCCUGUCUAGGGUGCCUCGGCUGUGCCUCCUGGGCUGUCUCUGAUCUUGGCUUUGCUUCUCUCAGGCUCCUCCCCAUCUCGCUGUCCACCCCUGGGCUCUGCCUGACUUUUCAAAAGUGGGUUUUCAUUUAUUAGUUUAGUUGUAGUUUCUCUUGCACAGAGGUAGAAAGAAAUAUGCUAAUCUUGUCUGUCCUCUCACUUUUAAAAAAAUUUCAAAAUAUAUGUGCAUUAUAAGUAAUUCAAACAUUAACAAAAGUAUGUAAAAUUUCAAGCCUCCCCCCUCGUCUGCCUCUCUGAGAUGGCCACUGUUACCCGUCAUGUGUCCUUACUCCCUUCUCUCAUGUAUGCACAUGUAUGUGUGUUGAGCAGUACGUAGACGUUUCCAAAGAAAGCCCCGUCAGUGCUUUGCACCCCGUUGUUCUCACCUGGUUUCAUGUUGGGGGCCCUUCCACUCUCACAAAUGUUUUUAUUUAUUUAUUUAUUGAGGGAGAUUAGCCCUGAGCUAACAUCUGCUGCCGAUCUUCCUCUUUUUGCUGAGGAAGACUGGCCCUGAGCUAACAUCUGUGCUCAUUGUUCUG